CCACAUAAAAGAAGCUUUGGAACUUAAUAAUUACCCUGACAAAUUAAUCAGGAAGUAUGAAGGGAAAUGUAAAAAUAAGGUUAAUAAUAAUAGAAGUGAUGGUGACAAUGAUAAUAAUAUUAAUGACGAUAUGCAUGUCAAACAUGCUCAGGAUAAUGACAACACCAACAAUAGGGAAUAUAAAUCAUCAAUACUACUUCCAUACAAAGAAGAAACUUCUGAAACGUUACGGGGAAUUCUUAACAAUUCAGAAGUAAAAGUGGUGUUCAAACCCACAAACUCAAUUAGAAAUGAUCUGUGUCGGUUAAAGGAUCCUAUGGAGCCCAUCAAACAAAACAAUUUAGUUUAUCUAAUACCCUGUUGGAAUGAUUGUCAGGACAGUUACGUAGGUCAAAGUAGUAGAACAGAGGCAGUCAGACUAGCGGAGCGCAAAAGCCUAGCAAAAUCUAGAUUAGUUGACACGAAUAAGAAAAGAAGUCUGAGAAUAGUUCACCCGUAGGCAGCACUGCAUGCAAUUACACAUAACCAUACCAUAGGAUAAGAUGAAAAUUCUAAAAUCUAAUGUCACAGGGUGGAGGGAGAGAUUGAUAGGGAAAGCCUCGUUUAUCAAGUCAACUGAGACAGAGAGAGUACGUGUAAUAGUAGGAAUGAUUCAACACGUGCUGAGGUUAUUUGGAAAAUUCUACUGUCCAUUCGACGAAUGGGAGAAAAUAAAGAAAACUGUAAAACUGAAGUUUUGAAGUUGUGUGUUUAUAAAUGAUAU